AUGCCUAGUACAUGUGUGCGAAGCGUUUCGCCGAGGAACACCCUGCCCAGACCCACUCCGAAGCGACGUCCACUGAAGAGACCAACUGUGACGCCAGCGCGACGGCGUGAUCCGCACUGUGAGUUUCCAAAGUAUUUGUAA